ACCUCGUGCAAAUCGACACUUCACUUGCUCACAUGUUUGGUAGUCUGAGAUAGUCAUAGAAUAUUCUACAAGAGUUACGAAGGUUGACAACGCUGGUUCAGAAGAAUUUGUGAAGACGGUGCUUUGAAUUAGCUGUAUCAUUUGUUGUAUCAAGAAGAGACCUACAUAUAAAACAUAAUGAGGUCGAAACGAGUGUCUGCUGCCCAAAGAGCAGCCAGGGAAAAAGAAAAGAGAAAGACAGCAAAGUCUGCAGCAAACACUGAACACUCACAGAGUUUGGUGGGGAACUCUUUUAAAAACCCAGAAACAGUAUGUUCCUUUACAGGAACAUUGGCCAAAACUAACAAAGUUAGUGGCCAGAGGCUUGUCAAGGCCUCUAUAAAAAACCUUGACACACAAACAAGAACUGAAACAAAAAUGAACAAAACUGAAACUACUAUACUGAACAAAACUGAAACUACUAUACUGAACAAUACAAAAACUACUGAACUGAACAAAACUGAAACUACUGAACUGAACAAAACUGAAACUACUGAACUGUACAAAACUGAAACUACUGAACUGAACAAUACUGAAACUGCUGCACUGAACAAAACUGAAACUACUGAACUGAACAAUACUGAAACUACUGAACUGAACAAAACUGAAACUAUUGAACUGAACAAUACUGAAACUGCUGAACUGAACAAUACUGAAACUACUGAGCUGAACUUUGCUGAAACUACUAAACUGAACAAUGGAACUUCUGAACUGAUCAAACAAACAAAAACAAAAGAAGUGAAAAUUAAACAAGAAACUGAAACGAAACAGAAUAAACAAACAAGAGAACUGAAAACUGAAACAAAACUGAACAAGCAAACAAAAAAACUGAAAACUAAACAAAAAACUGAAACAAAACUAAACAAACAAACGAGAGAACUGAAAACUGAACAAGAAACUGAAAGAAAACUGAACAAACGAACAAGAGAACUGAAAACUAAUCAGGUAACUGAAACACGUAUACUGAACAAAGAAACAAGAGAACAGAAAAUUAAACAAGAAACUGAUUCAAAACUUUAUAAAAAAACAAAAACUGAACAAGAAACAACUACAUGUCAACGGAAAACGAAAUGUCACACGGAAUCAAAUAGUCAUUUGAGUCUAUGCCAAGCUGAAGAGAAUGUCAAAAACAGAAAAAGAAGUCAUGUGAAUGAAGUGAAUAUUGAAAAAAAUAUCAAAAGUGAAAUCUUGAUUGAUAAAGAAAAUAAUACGAAUAAAAAUGUCAAGAAUUCAAGCAAACGUAAAAUGACUUUUGAUUCACUCAUUUGUGACAAAGAAAAGAAUGAAGAGAUUAGUAACAGACUUAAGAAAAGAUGUACUUCAUUUCCAACUGAUAUACAAAACCAAAUUGAUCGCAAGCUUCAGCAAUUAUCAGAACCAAACUAUGGAAAACGGGAAGUUAGAUUGAUUGAUGUUUUGAAAGAAAAACCGAGAACCAAAAUCCCAGCAGUCAUGAAGAAACUGAGGAAAGAUAAUGUGGAACUGUCUGUUAUUGAAAGUGAAAAAACUGAAUUUACUUUCUGUCCACUAUCAGAAGUCACAAAAGAACGGUUGCGAAAAAGAACAAACUCCAGUGUUGUUUCAAAUGAAUCGGAAGAAUCCACAGAUAUUGAACAAAUGCUCACGGUCCCUGUUAAAACCAGAUCUAUUGUAGGGGACGGAAAUUGUUUCUUUAGAGCACUGUCAUUUGCAAUCUUUGGCGAUGAAUGCCAUCAUUUUAAAAUACGAAGCAUUAUAGUGAAUCAUCUUUUAAAAAAUGAGCAAACAUUUUUGAGCUUUUUAAGAUCAGGAUACCAGUCUGUCUGCAAUUAUGUUAUGAAAAAGGGUAUGCUAAAAAAUGGUGUAUGGGCCACCGAAGUUGAAAUUAUUGCUGCAGCUCAUCUGCUACAAACGGAUAUUUUUGUGUUUGACAAUAGCGGUAAAUCAUGGGCAAGGUUUUCCGGAAAACAAGCAAACAGCAGAUUAAGUGUAGAACCUGAGGCAAUUUAUCUGAAACAUUGUUACCGAGCACAUUACGAAGUUGUUCUAUCUGUGGACGACCAAGAGGAAAACAUACCAAAGAGGUCUGCAAGCACAGUCACAAACAAUGUUCUUUCGAAAAGAGCAUUUCACAAUGUUGAGGAUGAAUCAAUAAGCAAGACAUUAGAAAGUGAACACACAUUUUCUUACGACACCACUUUGGAAGAAAUUUCUCAAUGUAGCACUGGUGAUGAAAACCGUCAAUUGGAGAGGAAAAUACUGCAUGGCAACUGUCAUCAAGGACAUCCUAGGUUCGGUGCAUCCGCCGGAAAACAAUGUGUUUUGAACAGUCUUGCUUCUUUGAUGUAUAGCAAGGUAAAGCACACACAAGACUGGAAUGUUACUGACAUGAAUGUUGUAUUGAAUACUGGAAAUGAUCUGUAUAAGUUUCUGGCAGGUAGCUCUACCAUGCACAAUGAUUAUGUAAUGAUUUCAGAAAUUCCUAGACAAAUUGAAUGUUUCAAUAAAGAAUUUACAUUCGAAUUUGCUGAUUCAUUGUUUGGUUUGAUAUAUCCUGGAAAUUUCCUGCAUGAUUCUGGUUUGCAAAGCUAUACUGUACACGAAGCAUUGAAUAUUGCUCUUGUAAACUCCGAUGGUGCUUUUGUCACAUUCAAAGGUGAAAAUCCGAUUCGUAUGAGUCUACCUUUAAAAGUUUUGGAAAAGAAAUCAGAUGCAGAUGAAGAAAUUUGGAUGUCAAGCCUCACUGAGAAGUACAUUGCAAGACCCGUCUCUAAUGAAUUUGAUAGUAUGUGCUUAGCUGAGUUCUGCUCUGCGUAUAGAGUUUUAGCUUCAUCGCAGGUGGAAGACAACCUUCGCAACUACAAGUUUUUAUCACAGGGGGUGCUGGAACUGGGAAAAGUCAUUUAA